CAUGACGACCACUUCUCCAUUGCGGCGCAGGGGCCAAUCCGAUGGCCACAGCCGUCAGCACUCGCAAAAGUCGCAGCAGUCCGACCAAGAAGAAAGGAACUCGGACUCGCCCUCCACCGUGAGCAACGGCACCCAGACGCCAGAACCUCCCUCGCCCAUCGACGACAUCAUGGCCCCAAAUCUUACGCUGCCUGACCGCUCCGGCGUGUCCAAGGUCAACAGCCUCCAAGUCCAGCCCGUUCGCCCUAUACACAUUCGGAGACCCUCCGUGCCCAUGAUGCCCCCCUUCAUGGUCUCCGCGCCAGGGAAGGUCAUCGUGUACGGCGAGCAUGCCGUGGUUCACGGCAAAGCUGCGAUUGCGGCUUCAAUCUCCUUGCGUUCCUACCUCCACGUUAGCUUCCUCUCCAAGUCGCGACGAACGGUCACUCUGCGAUUCCCGGACAUCAGUCUGGACCAUGCCUGGAAUAUAGACGACCUGCCAUGGGCCGCCUUUUCCCAUCCCAAGAAGAAGAAGUAUUACUACGAUCUCGUCACCUCCCUCGACCCUGAUCUCGUGGCUGCCAUGCAGCCAUUCAUCGCAUGCGUCUCUACAAAGCUCCCCGAGUCGGAUCGAAAGAGACACCAGUCUUCGGCCUCGUCCUUCUUGUACCUUUUCCUCUCCCUAGGGUCGCAAAAGUCCGCGCCCUGCAUAUAUACUCUCCGCUCCACAAUCCCAAUUGGCGCUGGCUUGGGCAGUAGUGCUACCAUUGCCGUCUGUCUUAGUGCAGCACUGCUUCUCCAAAUCCGGGCUCUCAGCGGACCCCACCAGGACCAACCUCCGCAAGAAUGCGCCCUCCAGAUCGAGCGCAUCAACCGCUGGGCAUUUGUUGGCGAGAUGUGCAUUCACGGCAACCCCUCCGGAGUGGAUAACACCGUCUCUGCGGGAGGCAAAGCCGUGUUAUUCAAACGGGCAGAUUACAACAAGCCUCCUGUCGUGGUCCCACUCCGCAAUUUUCCAGAGCUCCCUCUCCUUUUAGUCAACACGCGCCAAUCGCGAAGCACUGCAACCGAAGUCGCAAAGGUCGCAAAGCUCAAAGCUGCGCACCCACGCAUCACCGAGAACCUCCUCGACAGCAUCGACCACGUGACAGAAUCCGCGCAUGCCCUGAUCACUUCUCCCGACUUCGAUCCUACCCACCCAGCCACUCUACAGCACCUGGGCGAGCUUAUCACUAUCAACCACGGUCUCCUCGUCUCUCUUGGCGUCUCUCACCCCAAGCUCGAGCGCAUCCGCGAACUGAUCGACCACACCGGCAUUGGCUGGACCAAACUGACUGGUGCGGGCGGAGGUGGCUGCGCCAUCACUAUUCUGAAGCCUCAACCCCCUCCUCGCGCUCCACAUUCCAUCUCCACAAUCGAAUCAGACGAAGACGACUGCGAAAUAGACUCGGCGGUGUCUGAGCCACCCACCACCCACAACAUCCUCGACACCCUUGAAAUCGCGCUUGAGACCGAGGGUUUUGAGAAGUUCGAGACCACGCUUGCUGGCGAUGGCGUGGGCGUGCUCUGGCCUGCCGUUCUCCACAACGGAAACGAGGAAGACGGCGGCGAGGAGAUUGACCAGGAGAAGUUCCUCCGCGCCGAAGGCAACGAGGGCAUUGAGCGGUUGGUUGGGGUGGCUAGCUCGAGACAACGCGUCGCUAAGGAAGUCCGAGAGGGCUGGAAGUUCUGGAGAACGUAAACUUAUUCUUCCGUCAAUCAUGUUGUAUAUAUCAGGACACCUCGAUUUUUCUUCGCGCGCUUUUUUUCUAGCGGGCGUCUUGGGGUUCGUUUUCGUACUCGUACUGUACUUUACUAAGGUUUGAUUCUGGUUCCUUGUUUAGUAUGCCAGUAGAACUGGUCUGGUGUAUAAAUACAAGGGUAGACUUUGAGAUUAGAAUCAUGCUAGAGACAAGGCAACUUGUGAGUGGGUAGUAGGACUAAUAGUAGUAAUUAUCAUUAUUCUGUAACUACAUCAUUUUCAGUAACAUAGCUAAGCUAAUCAUUUGCUUGCGAUCUUA